UCAAUCUUAUCAUGGCUCUUUCUUCUGGUUCAUCUGCCAUUAUCGUCUGUGUAUUAACUUGUAGCAUUUUACUCCUGCCAGUCAUGUCUGAAUCCUCUUGCUACACUACCAUCUUCAGUUUUGGUGACUCACUUGCGGAUACAGGAAACUACUUGCUGUCCGGAGCUGCUAGCUUCCCUGCCGUAACCUUUCUUCCCUAUGGGGAGACCUCCUUCCACCAUCCAACAGGCCGUUUCUGCAACGGCCGUCUGAUCAUUGAUUUCAUGGCUGAGGCAUAUGGGCAUCCCCUGCUGCCACCAUAUCUGGCGACCCAAGGGCGUGGCAGUGAAAGAUAUGCAAAGGGCGUAAAUUUUGCAGUUGCAGGAGCUACUGCACUGAAUGUCUCAUAUUUUGUAGAGAGAGGAAUUCUGGGGCUCUGGACCGCGGAUUCUCUGAGUGUUCAGCUUGGUUGGUUCAGAAAGACUCUCCAAUCGCUGUGUUCAGAGAGCUGCCAUGACUACCUGAAGAGGGCUCUCUUUGUUGUUGGGGAGAUCGGCGGAAACGAUUUCAACUUUGCGUUCAUUCAGGGUCGCAAGAGCAUUGAUGAGGCCGUCUCUUAUGUCCCCGAUGUUGUCGGCGCCAUUGUUGAAGCCGUCAAUGUAUUGAUAAAACAAGGUGCAGUGGAGUUGGUGGUGCCCGGAAAUCUUCCCAUCGGUUGCUCGACGCUUUAUUUGACUGUAUUCCGGUCUGCAAAUACAUCGGAUUACGAUCCACAAACUGGUUGCCUCAUUAAAUUCAAUGAGUUCGCUGUCUACUACAAUUCCUAUCUGCAAGAUGCUCUUCAAAAGCUAAGGAAGCAACAACCACAUGCCAAGAUCAUUUACGCUGAUUAUUACAAUUCUGCUAUGGGAUUUUUUAAAAAUCCCUCCAAGUUUGGAUUUGAAAGUGCACUCAAAGCAUGUUGUGGAGAGGGAGAGCCCUACAAUUUCAAUCUGGCCCACAUGUGCAGUGCUGCAACCAGUGUCUGCAAAGAUCCAUCCAAGUACGCCAACUGGGACGGAAUUCACCUCACAGAGAAGGCCUACGAAUGGAUGGCUCACGGCUUCGUCAAUGGGUUGUUUACCCAUCCAUCGCUUAAACCGCCUGCGCUUGGCCAUUGAACUUAUUAAAAGCUACCUAAUUGCUCCUCUGCUCUUCUCUUUCCCAUCUGAAACGUUGGCUUCUCGGCAAGUCUCUGGCACAAUACCCACAGCACCUUUCAACAAAACGGGUGUUUGUAUUUCCUUUUCAAUAAUGUCAAACUGUGAAGCCAAGUCUCUGGCGCAAUAACCGAAGCACCUACCAACAAAACGGGUGCUUGUAUUUCUUUCUUAAUAAUGCCAAACUGUUCGUUUUCAUUUUAUAAUGAACGA